AUGGACUGGCUAGGCCGUGCCAAGAUAAAAUACACUCACCAUGUGUCCCCCUUUGCGCUCAAGGAGAAGGACGGCAACGAAACCGAUUUGCUGAAGGUUUGCGAGAAGAUCACUCCGACAUGCCAGCUGAACCCACUCCUCUUCAACGGCCACCUGCAGACCAUGUGGACGGCCGUGGGCAAAGCUGCACCUCAUGUCUACUACAAGAGGAAGAUCUUCAACGCGGAUCACCAUACUUACACCGGGACCUUUGCUGUGGACCUUGUUACGCCUCCACACGAGGAGCAUGACAACGCCCUGCCGCCCCGGACAUCGUAUUUCAAAGAUGCCGAAUUCGAAGCGCUGGCCUCGGAUGACAGCAAACCCAUGCUCAUCGUUCUGCAUGGCUUGUCAGGGGGUUCGUACGAGGUCUAUCUCCGACACUGUAUCGAGCCGUUGAUCGCGGAUGGCGGCGACUGGGAGUGCUGCGUCGUCAACGCGAGGGGCUGCGCAAACAGCGAGGUCACCAGCGGGGUGCUGUUCAACGCGAGGGCGACCUGGGACGUGAGGCAGGUCGUGAGGUGGGCGAGGAAGGCGUUCCCGAACCGGCCCCUCUUCGGCCUGGGUUUCUCGCUGGGCGCCAACAUCCUGACCAACUUCGUGGGCGAGGAGGGCUCGAACUGUCUCCUGAGUGCGGCCGUCGUCGUCGGCAACCCGUUCAACCUCGAGGUGUCCAACAUUCAGCUCCAGAGCUCUGUGCUUGGGAAGGAAGUGUACCAAAGGGUCAUGGGAACUAACAUGAAGAAGCUCAUCCUGCGCCACAAAGAGUCAAUAAUCAAGCAUACGAAGCUAGAUUUCGAAGCUAUUCAGAAUGUCACCUAUCUUUACGAGUUCGAUAGAGAAGUCCAAUGUAUCUCUUGGGGCUAUCCCACAGAAUCAGCCUACUACCGCGACGCUUCCUCGAGCGACUCGGUGCUGGCGAUUCGGAUACCUUAUCUUGCGAUCCAAGCGGCAGAUGACCCUAUCGCUGUGGAGAAGGCUAUUCCCUACCAGGAGUUCAAGAAGAAUCCGCACACAGUCUGCCUGACCACGUCCCUCGGUGGCCAUCUCGCCUUCUUCGAGAUGGGCGGUGGCCGAUGGCAUGCAAAGCCUGUGUCCAACUUCUUGAAGCACAUGGCGACGAAUGUCGAUCUUAAGUCGAUCAAUAAACAGGCAAACGGCACUACCGUCAUUACACCACAAUACGGAUCAAGCUUUGACCCUAUGCGGCGGAAGAUGGAGGUCAAGAUCCCGGAGUAA